AAUGGAGGCAGCAGGAGCAUUGGCGAGCUUGGCUCCGUCACCUAUCACCGUGCUGGGGCUAAUUCCACUCCUGGCUCUCGGCAUCACAUACUUCAGAUACCAGCAAUACGACCCAGAGUCAUAUAUAACGGAUAUUAAUACUAUAAUGCCGAUCUACGACUUCGUGGUAGUCGGGGGAGGUUCUGCCGGCGCAGUAGUAGCUUCGAGGCUCUCCGAGAUCGGCAACUGGACCGUACUGUUGCUUGAAGCCGGCCAAGACGAAAACGAGAUUUCUGAUAUUCCAGCCUUAGCAGGUUACACUCAGCUCUCUGAAAUGGAUUGGAAAUUCCAAACGACACCGUCCAAAAACCGUUCCUAUUGCCUUGCUAUGAAUGCCGACCGAUGCAAUUGGCCUAGAGGCAAAGUACUCGGUGGGUCCAGCGUUCUUAACGCAAUGGUGUAUGUAAGAGGAAACCGUAAUGAUUACGAUCUGUGGGAAGCACUUGGAAAUCCUGGCUGGUCUUAUGAUCAAGUAUUACCCUACUUUUUAAAAUCCGAAGAUAAUCGCAAUCCGUAUUUAGUAAACACGCCAUAUCAUUCGGAAGGCGGGUAUUUGACGGUCCAAGAAGCCCCGUGGCGGACACCGUUAGCCGUAACUUUUUUAAAAGGUGGUAUGGAACUGGGUUAUGAAUUUCGCGAUGUAAACGGCGCCAAACAAACAGGUUUUAUGCUGACGCAAGCAACGAUGCGGCGGGGAAGUAGGUGUAGUACGGCAAAGGCUUUUCUAAGACCAAUUCGAAACAGAAAUAAUUUACACAUCGCUCUAGGAGCUCAAGUCACACGUAUAUUAAUCAACAGUGUAAAAAAACAAGCUUAUGGCGUCGAGUUCUAUCGCAACGGUGAAAGACACAAGGUGAGGAUUAAGCGAGAAGUUAUCAUGUCAGCGGGGGCAUUAGCUACUCCUCAGAUCAUGAUGUUGAGUGGAAUCGGUCCUGCAGACCAUUUACGAGAACAUAACAUACCGUUAGUCGCUAACCUUAAAGUUGGACAUAAUUUACAAGAUCAUGUUGGACUAGGUGGAUUAACAUUUGUCGUUAACAAGCCAGUAACAUUUAAAAAGGACCGUUUUCAAUCAUUUUCCGUAGCGAUGGACUACAUUCUUCAUGAGAAAGGUCCGCUGACGACACAAGGUGUAGAGGGUUUAGCUUUCGUCAAUACAAAAUAUGCUCCAUCAUCUGGACAGUGGCCUGAUAUACAAUUCCAUUUUGCACCGAGUUCCGUAAACUCAGAUGGAGGAGAACAAAUACGAAAAAUAUUGAAUUUACGCGAUCGAGUCUACAACACCGUUUAUAAACCUAUAGAGAAUGCGGAGACGUGGACAAUACUACCAUUACUUCUAAGACCGAAAAGCUCCGGGUGGAUAAAAUUAAAAAGCAGAAAUCCAUUCCACGCACCAUCAAUCGAACCAAAUUAUUUCGCUUACAAAGAGGAUAUACAAGUGCUAACGGAGGGUAUAAGAAUUGCCUUUGCUUUAUCAAACACGACGGCUUUUCAGAAAUAUAGAUCUCGACCUCAUAAUAUUCCACUGCCUGGUUGUCAACAACAUCAAUUAUUCAGCGAUGAAUAUUGGGAAUGUAGCCUUAAGCAUUUUACGUUUACAAUAUAUCAUCCAACUGGGACUUGCAAGAUGGGUCCAAAUCAUGAUCAGGAUGCUGUGGUUGAUCCUAGAUUACGGGUCCACGGAGUGGCGAAUCUAAGAGUCGUUGAUGCUAGUGUCAUGCCCACUAUUAUAAGUGGAAAUCCUAAUGCUCCUGUUAUUAUGAUAGCAGAGAAAGCGUCCGAUAUGAUAAAGGAAGAUUGGCAGGUGUUAUGACAGUGUUUUGUGUGCUUAUAGUCAUUGGAUGCUAAAGAACUAUUUAUGUAACAAGGUACUUUUAGUUGUUUAUUCUUAAAACAAUUAUCAAUAAGUAUGUACAUAAUAUUAUCAUACUCAAAAUUGUUAAUAAAUAAAUAAAUAGAAUAAAAAUA